GAGAGCGAGGGUGCUUUCUCCGGCCGCUGCGCGCCUAGCCCGAGCCAUGCUGCCCGCUGCUGUCCGGAGGUGGCUGCACAGACCCAAGCGUUCUGAUCCCAGACUACUAUCACAGUUUUUUUACGCUGAUGAGCGAGUGACUCAAGUGGUAACGGAAAUCAACUGCCUGGAUGUAGAGACAGAUGCUCAGCAAUACCUGGCGCUACUAAACCAAUUGCAUGUUAGUCAGGCUGAACUGCUGGCCAUCAUAGAGCAAAUCAUGGAUGAGUGCAUCCCCAAGGAACGUCAUGGCCGUGACUAUGUCAUCAAAUUCCCUGAAGACCUUCUCGUGGACAACCUCCGGAACCACCUGCUCUUUGCUGCUGAGUGUCUGAUGGCGCGCACCUAUAUUGAUGUGGAAGAGGCAGACGGGAUACGGCUACGACCACUGGCCAAGGAUCUGCUGUGCAGCUUGGAGUUGGUGCGGACGGUACUCCGGGAGCAAAGCCUGAGCCAACCUGGGCCCUUUUCAGAGCCUAUCCGUAGGGCUUUGAUCCGCUUUGAUGCACUCUUUGCUGAGUUUGAGCUGAGCUACGUGUCGUCGCUAGUCUCGGUGAAGUCACCUGAAGAGAUCUAUAGGCAGCAAGAAAUUGUUGUGCUCUUCUGUGAAACUGUGGCCAGAGCUUUGAAAUGUGGCUACUUGACUCAGGAGAUGAUUGAUGGGUAUGAGCCCCAGCUGAUGUUCACCAUUCCCCGCCUGGCCAUUAUUAGUGGUCUCCUGAUCUAUCCAGAUGGACCCCUGAACUUGGACCGGAGGCCUGAGGAGAUAUCCCGAGUCUUCAGCCCCUUUUAUGUCUUGCUUAGAAAAAUCAGGGACUUGCUGCGUGUGCUGUCCAAGGAAGAGCUUUACAAGUUGGAGAAACGCGUGCUGAAUCAAAGCGCUGCGGAUUCACAGACCUUCAUUGAUGUGGACUCUCCUGAUUUCCGGGGCUUUGCGACUUCAUGCGGCUGCCCACCUGUCCGAAGUAGCACCCAGGUAGCAGCAAUCACAGACGUUCCACAGAAUGCCCGGUGGCUGGAACUGCGAGCCCGUUACAACAAUACAGAGGACAUGAUACACACAUUGUUUGUCUGCAUCUCUGGAGUGGCAGACCAGCUCCAAACCAACUUUGCAAGUGACCUGCGUGCCAUUCUGAAGAGUGUGUUUAAGAUUGUGACAUCGCGGACAGAGGAACUGGAGGUGACAGACACAGGCCAGAUGGAAGUCUGUUUGGCACCAACAGCUCCUCACCUGGCAGACUGUGCUCUCUGCUCCAAUAGCAGGGAAGGCACUGGGAGAGAAGAUGCCUUGGUGCCACCAGACUGGGUGCCAGACAGCACUUGCAGCCACUGCAUGGCUUGCCACGCGUCCUUCACCUUUCUUCGUCGAAGGCACCACUGCCGGAGUUGUGGGAAGAUCUUCUGCUCCCGCUGCUCAUCGCACUUGGCGCCUCUGCCCCAUUUCAGGCAACUGAAGCCAGUUCGCAUUUGUACGCACUGCUACACCACCCACUUGCCUUCCACCAGCAAAAAUGACGAUUGCUUGUGAGCAUAACCUCUGGAUUGGGUCUUCAACAAAUACCACCAGUGCCUGAAGAAACAUGAGAUGGGAAGGCAGCCACAGCCUGUACUUGUGGGAGCAACCACACAUGUGACGUGUCUUAUUAGGAUGCACGUGGGAGCUCUCCGAAGGGCUUUUGGUGGCCAGGGCUUGGAGAGGGGGAGUGCAUGGAAGAGGGAACUCCAAGGCUUCAUAGAUGGGGAUGAAAUCUUCCAUGUUUAAUGUAAAGAACACUUAGGGCUCAUUUGGCUGGAGCUAGAAUUCACUGCAGAAAACCUUUGGGAAACUCUUCUAAACGCCAUGAAAGCUUCUUUCCCCCGUGUUCUCUUUUCCUGUGAUGGAGUGAACUCUGGUCCCUGUAGGCAUUGUCUGGUGCUGGUUACCUGGCUUUUGGCAGAGCCUAAGGAUAAUCUUCUGUGCUACAGAUGUAUUUUUUUACAAACCUGUGAGGUUGCAUUACCAGAUUGGGUAUCAGUGCAAUAGGGGCGUUAGGGUGCCUUUGACUGGAACUAAACGGCAAGCUCUCGCAUCCAGCUACGACUGCCUUGUGGAGGAUAGCCAUGAUCUUUUUGGUCACCAGCUUCUGAUGUAGCGAAGGGCUUCAAUGAUCUACAUACGCAAUGUACUUUCUGUCAAAUUCUCUUGCCACACCGUUGUGUGGAAGAUUCUUUGGAAACCUCUCUAGGAGACUUACAGCUCCUCCUUUUUGAGACCAGUCUGAGCUGGUUAUUCUCCUGAAUACUUGAAUAAAUGCUGUCUAUUACUAUG